AUGGCGAAGAAUUGGCCAUCUUCACUGGCCUACUUUCUUAUUCUUGCACCCUUUCUACUCUGCUGCCAUUCCCAAGAAUAUGAUGCUGAUCGAAAGAUACAUGUCGUGUAUAUGGGCGAGCUUCCUGAAAAUGGUGUAUCUGCUGCGUCGCUGCACCAGACCAUGCUAGAAGAUGUUCUUGGAAGUAGCGCUGCUGCCAAAGAGUCGCUUGUUUAUAGCUAUGGAAGGAGUUUCAAUGGAUUUGCCGCUAAGCUGUCACCAGAAGAAGUCGAGAGUUUCUCAGAGAUGGACCAGGUGGUUUCCGUGUUUCCAAACACCGCAUUUAAGCUUCAUACAACAAGAUCGUGGGAUUUCAUGGGCUUCACUCAAAAUCAAACCUUACGUUCAUCUAAUGAAAGCGACGUCAUCAUCGGAGUAAUAGAUACAGGUGUUUGGCCAGAGUCAGAGAGCUUCAGCGAUGAAGGAUUUCCUCCUCCUCCAGUGAAAUGGAAAGGCAGAUGCCAAAAUGAAAAUAACUUCACUUGUAACAACAAGCUUAUAGGUGCCCGAUACUAUAAUGCCGGAGACUUCUAUCUUUCCAAAGAUUUUCAUUCUCCAAGGGAUGCACAGGGACAUGGCACCCACACCGCUUCAACCGCUGCAGGCAGAGAAGUGGCAGGGGCGAGCUUCUAUGGGCUAGCGGAAGGCAUCGCAAGAGGAGCAGUUCCUAAUGCAAGAAUUGCCAUUUACAAAGUAUGUUGGACCUCAACAUGCUAUGUUUCGGACCUGAUGGCCGCUUUCGAUGAUGCUAUUGCGGAUGGCGUCGAUGUUUUGACGAUCUCCAUUGGCCCUGGCGAGCCAAUCCCAUAUUUCUUGGACCCCAUUGGGAUUGGAGCUUUCCAUGCAAUGAAGAAAGGGAUUCUCACUGCUAACUCUGCAGGAAAUAGCGGUCCUUAUAGUCGGAGUGUCGUCAAUGUUGCUCCUUGGACUUUGACAGUGGCCGCCAGCAGCAUCGACAGGAAAUUCGUGACCCAAAUAGCGCUUGGAAAUGGAGAUAUAAUUAUAGGAAAUUCAAUCAAUGCAUUUACGCUCAACGAAACAGAUUUUCCCUUGAUAUAUGCCGGAGAUGCUCCAAACGUAUCAUCACGAAUUCGAGGAGAUUAUGCAGGAGCAUGCUACUCUGACUAUUUGGAUUCCAACAAGGCACAAGGAAAGAUUGUACUUUGCGAUUACCUAUGGGAUGGUUCAGGGCCCUACGUGGCCAACAGUGUCGGCGCCAUAAUGCCCAGUGACGGCUACGCCGAUUACUCAUUCUCUUACAUACUCCCAGCCACCCGCAUUGAUAGAGAGAGCAGUGCCAAGAUAAUGGAUUACAUUCGAUCUUCCAAUAAUCCGACGGCAACCAUUCUCACUGCGGAGGCUAUGAAUGAUACUUCAGCGCCCCGAGUCGUCUCCUUCUCUUCAAGAGGACCUAACCUAAUCACUCCCGACAUCCUCAAGCCGGAUCUUACAGCCCCUGGUGUCAAUAUCCUUGCUGCUUGGUCUGUUGCUGCGCCACCUUCCUUCUCACUUCUAGAUAAGAGGCAAGUUGCUUACAACAUAAUCUCGGGAACAUCUAUGUCUUGCCCUCAUGCUGGGGGUGCAGCGGCCUACCUCAAAUCCAUCCAUCCAAAUUGGUCACCAGCUGCAAUCAAAUCUGCUCUCAUGACCACUGCUCAUGUCAUGGAUCCCAGAAACAACGAAGAUGCAGAAUUUGCCUACGGCUCCGGCCACAUCAAUCCAGCGAAGGCCGUAGAUCCUGGCCUAGUGUAUGAUGCAACAGAGCAAGACUACAUCAACUUCCUAUGCAAACAAGGUUACAACAGUAGCGUAUUGAGACUCGUUACACAAGAUAGAAGCAAUUGCACCACCAAUACAACUGGGAAAGCUUGGGAUCUCAACUACCCCUCCUUUGCACUCUCCAUCCAAGAUGGCCAACCCAUCAUUGGCUAUUUCCCUAGGACAGUAACCAAUGUGGGCUCUUCAAACUCAACCUACCAUGCCAUUGUCCAAGCACCUUCCUCCCUCAAUAUCACCGUCAAACCCUGGACCCUUUCGUUUUCAGCCGUUGGUGAGAAGAAAUCCUUCAAAGUAGAGGUUCAUGGUGGGGUCAUUUCUCAACAAGCGAUAAUUUCAGCUUCGAUCGAGUGGAGGGAUGGGGUCCACGUUGUGAGAAGCCCACUUGCAGUGUACACCGUACUUUCAACGGGAAGCCCACUUGGAGUAACGAGAAACCGUCCGAUCAAAGGGCUACUUGAUCUGGAUGGACCCCCAGUGAAUGGAAUCCUUUGA